AGGGCCGCCGGUACCGGCGGCGUCAACUGUGAGAGCUCACAGAGAAAGAGAAUGUUAAUAGCACCACCAACUGUUGGUCUUCACUCUCCAAUUUCUUUCUUCUCCACGCAAAGCUCUCCUCUCACCAUGCUCCGAUUCCGUCCUCCAAAAUUUCGAGAAAUCGACAGUCGCCGGCGUCUUAUCCAUGCAUUAGAGCUGUUGAUCUCGACCAGAACACGAUGGUAGCCGUAUCAGUGGGAGUUGUAAGCGGUGCGAUUGGAAUCGGCCUUCCAGUCUUCUAAGACGAUAACGCUGUAAGUAAGCUUUCUCCACAAAAAAAUUUCAAUAAAUACGAAGAAUGUCAUCGAGUAAUGGAAAAAAAUGACUCAGAAAAUGCACAACCUUGCUUCCCUUGCAAUGGCACCGGUACGCACGAGUCAUUCUUUCGCUAACUUUAUCUUUGAUUUAAUGCUUUCUGCAUUGUGCUUAUUGUGAUUGGAAAUUUAAGAAAAAAAAAACAUGAAUGAAUUCGUAAAGCAAAGUUAAAUGCUUUGCAUUUGAUUGAUAGUUAACAAUAUUUUAAAUAUAUUUAUUAAGGAUAUAAAAUUUUUUGAUGGUGUAGAGAAAUGCAGAUUUUGCACAGGGAAGCGGUAGUGUGACUGUGGUACUACAUCCCACUCUUUUCUUUCCCCCUCAAUGUUCUUGAGAAAAUAAUUUAAGAAUAAUUUU